CUUUGUUUCACUAUGAAUAACUUACACAUUUUAUAUCUUCGUGUAUGAAAAAAUUCUGCUGCAGAACUACCAGCUAUCUCUAUUUCUGUAUGGCCCUCUUACCCUGUCUUCAUCAAAGGAGAGAAUAUCACUAUAAUGUGUUCCAUUGAUCCGGAAAUCACUGCAAUGAGGGGCGUCCAGUACUUUAAGGAGGGUAAAGAAAUUGCAACAGAAUUGCAAGAAAAUACAGCCAAAUAUUUUAUAUUUGCAUCAGACAAGGAAUCAUCUGGUAACUACUACUGUGCAAUUUGGGUUGAAUUACCCCAUAAUCAGAAAAUUAUGUUGCAAAGUGAUAGACUUGCAGUCAGAGUGACAGACCCCCUUCCAGCUCCAUACAUCUCGUACACAUCCACGAGGGAUGGUAUCACUGUGACAUGUUCUGUUGCCAGUUCAAAAACUGUAACGAGGAAAUUCCAGUAUUUACAGAAUGGAAAAGAGAUGCACAUAAUAAACUUAAAUGGUAACGUAGCCACAUACAUGAUUUACCAAUCUGCCAAGGAAGCUGCUGGGAUAUAUUCUUGUCGAUACUGGGAAGAAAAACAUGGAAGGCAGAUCUCCUCAUUGAUCAGUAAUAGUGUAGACAUUACAUUAUUGGGAUCUACAUCAGUUGACCUUGUUUUGCAGACAUCCAUUAAGAAACCAUUUAUGUUCACAUCAUCUCCCCCUCUGACAUCUCAAGGAUCUACAACAGUCGACUUUGUUUCACAAACAUCUAUUAGGAAACAAUUGAAAUUCACAUCAUCUCCCCCUCUGACAUCUCAAGGCUCAGUGGAACCUUGGAUAUAUUACUUUAUUGGAGGCUGCCUCUUCUUUGGCUUGAUGAGUAUUAUUUUGUUUUUUCUACUUCGGGCUUACAGGAGACAUAACCAUCCACAAACAACCCUUACAACCACGGAUAAUAUGGAUCUGCAAAAUACAAUGAUAGUACCUUACCCACCGGCCAUACCAUUACUGGUCAGAGAGGAGAUGGAAAAUCAGCCUGUGUAUGAGGAAAUUGACCAGCUCCAACCUCCUGUGAAGAAUACUACAUCUACACCAAAACCUUCUAUCUCCAAUGAUUUUUCAAACUCAGGACAAACAAUAUAUUCUAAAGCACAAUCACCACCUCGCCUUCCGCCAGUUUAUUAUGCAAUGUUCCCAAAACCAGCACAGACAUGA